UCCACACCAGGCUGCUCUUCCAUGGGUUCAUCCUCACCUUCCCAGGCCCCAACACUCUGGGCCAUGCUACCUCCCUGUGGGUGCUACCCCCUUGCUCCACUACCCUGUUUUAAACUCUGACUCCCCACACCGAUGGCCCCCAGUCCCCUCCCCAUUCCGUGCAGACACCCUUAUCACCUCCUUGGGCUCUGACCACCCCCACGAGCAUGGAUGCCUACCUUGCCCCUCCCCCCUGAAUUAUUCAGGAAGAAAGGAAGGGAAGAGCAGAGGAAGGGCAAAUUCCACCCUCUUAGCCACUGUGCACGCCUAUUCCUGAAGUCAGGCUGUCACGCAAUUUUUGCAUUCUCUCAUUUACACACAUUCCUGACUUACUUGAGAGCUCCUGGAGGCCAGAUGUCCUCUCCAUCUUCACACGCACAAAGGCCAGCAGAGGCCAGGCUUAGACUGAUCACUCAACAUGCCUGUUGGAACACUGUGUGAAUGGAUGCCCUCUGCUCUAAUCCUAAUUUUCAAAACUAUCCUUCCAAUUCUAUUCUGGGGAUAAAAGGUCAGAGCCUGACGCUGGCUCCCCCUCCAGUCUCCCUCAAGCCAGAUGGGGAGGCAGGAACAACUGUGAUCCCUCCCCAACCUGAGUGGAGAUUUCCGACCCAGCUGUCACAGCUCGAAGGGAGCCAAGGUGACCGAGGGAGAGGCCAAGAGAGGCAGGAAGUGUUGGCAAAGGAGUGGUAGGGAAGCUAAGGAGGCUGAGCCACCAAGGAGGACAGGAAGGAGGGGGAGCCGUCUUGAGAUUGGCGCCUGGUGAGCUCUGCCCUGCCGCCUCCAUGCAGUUUCCCAUGGGCCCCGCCUGCAUCUUCUUAAGAAAAGGCAUCGCUGAGAAACAGCGGGAAAGACCACUGGGACCAGAUGAGAUUGAAGAGCUCCGGGAAGCAUUUCUUGAGUUUGACAAGGACCGAGAUGGGUUCAUCUCUUGUAAGGAUUUGGGGAAUCUCAUGAGGACAAUGGGUUACAUGCCCACGGAGAUGGAACUGAUUGAACUGGGCCAGCAAAUUCGCAUGAACUUGGGUGGCCGUGUAGACUUUGACGACUUUGUGGAGCUGAUGACCCCCAAAUUGCUUGCAGAAACAGCUGGGAUGAUCGGUGUCCAGGAGAUGCGAGAUGCCUUCAAGGAAUUUGAUGCCAACGGAGACGGGGAGAUCACCCUGGUGGAACUGCAGCAGGCCAUGCAGAGGCUCCUGGGAGACAAGCUCACGCCCCAGGAGAUCUCCGAGGUUGUCCAGGAAGCUGACAUUAACGGAGAUGGCACCGUCGACUUUGAAGAGUUUGUGAAGAUGAUGUCUCGUUGAGGAGAUUCUGGAAUCCCCAGUCGCUCUCCACCUGGCCAACGUGGAUCAAGCCCUGGGGGAGGACCACAUCCCCACGGGCCCUCACUGGAGAGAGGGUGGGAGGGGGUGUGGAGACUGGCAUUGCAGUGCUAUGGCUUGAGGUUAGAUUAGAAAUGAUAGCUUUCGCCAGAUGGGGUACGGGUUACAUCUCUAGAACUAGAUUAAGAAGGAAGAGUCCGUGUGUGGAAUUGUGAACAGUACUGGGGUCUAGUUGCUGCUCCCCAAAUUCCAAAGACUAAUGACAUCUUUCAACUUCAUGUAAUCCUAAAUCCCUAUAACCUGCCAGAGUCUCUUCCCUCAGUUCCUCUGGGUGAAAAUGGUUUUUUCUCCUGUUAGACUUAGACAGUUCAGCACAGAGUCUACCCUUCUCCCUUCUUGUUUCAACUGCUUCAAAUCCACUGUUUCUUUCUCUUGGUAAAAGGAGGCAUGUGAAUCAUGAGGCUAGAAACAGGGUUCUCGAUAAAACUGGGCUUGGAAAUGGUUAAUUAAAGAGGCAUCCAUAUAUUCCAAUAAAAAGCUUUAAAAGGAAAAAAGAGGCAUCCAAAUGAGCUUAACAGCCCUGCCCCCUCUCCGCUCCCUUCCUUGAUUUCCUGGAAACACAGUCUGUUUUUAUCUCUCUUUUAUCCUACUUCCUUCUCCUUGUGUCAGAUACUCAGGCCACUGAAUUAAAUCACAAAUCUGGAUUAUCAGGUUUAGAGCAAGCUGAUCCCCCAGGGAAUUAAUCCCCCCUGAAAUGACAUCAUGCAGAGAGAGAGAGGAUGGGCACCUUCAAAUCCUCGACUCAGUCAGGUCACCGUUAAGUCAUUCCUGGAAGCCCCCUGCCUCUGCAUCGGUCUGCCCUGGGCUGCUCAGAGACAUUCUCUCUCUUAGAUGGGAAGUUGAUCCCCUCCCUCACAUCCUGACCCUGAUCUGUGCUGGGAAAUUGGAAAGAUAUAUUCCUCCUUACCUCUGCCUGUGAGCAGGGCACUUCAGUAAUGCCAAGGUCCUCCAAAUAAAUGUUCAUUUGACACCUUCUUCCGAGUUCUUCUCACUUUUAAAGUCCAUUUAGUACAGAUGUAGAGAGUGGGCCACCUAGUUCAAUAGCCUCCUUUUAUAAAAUUUUAAUUUAAAUUUUAAAAAGUGGAACCAGAAUAUUUCCUAACUUCACUGAGGAAAUAACAUUCUCCUUCACCGUUCUUCACUAUUCCGAGACCAUUUUAUUUUUAACUUUCUUCAUUCCUUCCAUCCCCCUUUCCCCUUCCUUCUUUCCCUGAGUCCACUCUUCAUUUAUUCGACAGCAGCAUCUAAAGUGCCCUCUAUGUGCCAGGCACUCGUCCAAGCAUGAGGCUAUAACUGAAUAAAAUAGCCCCAAACCCCAGACUCCAAAAGCUUCCAUUAUAAUGGGAAGAGACAGACACAGGACAAAAUAAAUGAGUAAAUAUAAUCACAACUCGAAGGUUAGAAGGUGAUAAGAGUUAUGGAGGAAAUGGAGCAGGAAUGGGGUUAAAGGAUGGGAAGGCUCUGGGGAUGGGGAAGAGUUGCCAUUCUAUGUAGGGACAUCAGGGAGUUUAUGAAGCCCUGGGGGCGUGUCCGGGGAAAGACAUUUCAGACACAGUGUAGGGCAAAUGCAAUGGCCCUGAGGCAGGAAUUGUACCUGGAGUGUUGGGUAGGUGGUCUGGGGUCUGAGCAGAUCAGGGGUUAAAUUAUGUAAGUAUGUUCUUAGAGACCAUUUUGAGGACCUUGGAGGGUUUGGAGCAGAGAAGUGACAUAGUCCAGAUCACCUUAUUUUUUUUUUUUUUCUGGCCAUGUAGCAUAUGGGAUCUUAGUUCCCUGACCGGAGAUCAAACCUGUGCCCCCUGCAGUGGAAGCUCAGUGUCUUAACCUCUGGACCGCCAGGGAAGUCUCCCAGAUCACACUUUAAAAGAUGACUUCAACAUCCUGUCUCAUCCAUCCCAUCCCAUCUCUACAGUCAUCCAUCCACCCAUCCAGUCAUUCAUGCACCUGUUCAAUAUAAUAUUUGCUGAGUCUGUACUAUAUGCCUGGCAUUGUUCCAGGUGAUGGAAAUAGAGCAAGGAUAAGGUACUUGACCUCAAGGAGCUUGUAUUCUAGAGCCCUGCAAGCCAAAAAGAUCUUCUGCGAUGGUGGACAUUCUCUAGAUCUGCACUGUCCAACAUGGUAGCCACCAGCCACGUGUUGCUAUUCCGUAUUAAAUGUAGUGAGUGAGGCUGAGAGACUGGGUUUCAUUUUAUUUUUAUUUCAUUAAGUUAAUAACGUUUUGUUAAUACAUUAUUGGCUUUAUGAAUUACUUGUUAAAUUUAAAUAGCCCCAUGUGGCUGGUGGCUACCAUAUUGGACAGUACGUGUUCAUGCUGUGAGCCUGGGAGUGUUCCAGGUCCUGGAGGUAGCCGGGUGACAAGGUCUUUGCUUUCUUGGAGCUUACAGUCCAGUGUUAGGGGAGAAGACAAAAAUAAUCACUUAAGAGAAGUUCAGACUGGGCUGAAUCCUUUGAGGAAGUGGAGUGGUUACAUCAAGAGAAUUCGGGGAAGGCACAAGGGUAGUUUAAUUAGCUAGAAGGGUCUGAAAGGGCAUUUCUUAGAGACAGCCGUCUCCGGUUGGGCUCCCAGGGUUUCUCCUUUGAGAGUGGAGUCGAGCCUGCAGGAAGUUUAUCAAUGACUGUCCUUGGGAUGGGUACCUGGGGAAGGAACUGGGAUUGGGCAGAAGGAGAAGUUGAAAGGCGAUGCAAACUCCACAAUCUCAGCCGAGUGCACAGGAGCUCUUGACACAGCUCUUCUGACUUGUCUCAUUUGGGUUGAAACAGCUGGGUCUUUAAACCUGCCCUUGGUCAGUUCUUGCAUAUGGACUGCCUGGGGAAGGGCAUGACCUUGGGCAAGGGAGGCUACUCUGCAGUUAGGGACAUCCCUGAUUCAGGGCUGACCACUGAAGGCUGCCUGCAGAUGGCACUCCCCAGAGCUGGGGGACAUGUAUUUUGUGGAAGGGGGAUCUGGUGACACAUCUCACUCUCCAUCACGGGGCGUUUCAACAGAGACUGAACGAGGUGAGGAGGAGAGCUACAGGAGCACGAGAGGGGAAAGGGAACCCUGGCACCAGCAAGGCAGAGGCUGGAGAGAGCUUGGUGGGUUCAAGGAACAGAGCAGCAGCUUGUGUAUCGUGAGUGAAGGGCACAGAGGUAGAAAAUGGGAUGAGGGAAGGCUCUAAGCAAAGGAUGGAGAUGUGGAAUCUGGGAACAGGAAGACUAUGUUUACGAUGGUAUAUUUAUAUGCUUGAGUGAGGAUCUACGCUCUGGCUGUUAAGCUAAAGUGAGAAAGAUCUACCAUUCAAUUUUCAGGUUUCUCUCACAUCUAUGCAACCUCACGUUAAUUUGACCAUCAGAUUGGAACUGAAUAAGGCCAAAUGGCUAAAAUCUAUUCCUGAUGUCUGGUUGUAGUGAGGGACAAUGGUAGUAGUUGCUCAGAGGGUUUUUAUGAAGGAGGAGGACAGAGACGGAGAGAAGGAGAAGGAUGGGGAGGGGAAGGGGGAGGUGGAG